UUACAUUGGUAACCAGUUUAUAAUAGCAAUAAGGCACGUUGGGGGUUUGUGAUAUAUGGCCAAUAUACCACUGCUAAGGGCUGUUUCCAGGCACUCCGUGUUGCGUCAUGCAUAAGAACAGCCCGUAGCAGUGGUAUAUAUGCCAUAUACCACACCUCCUCGGGCCUUAUGGCUUAAUUAUAACACAGGUUCAUUGGAAGGUAAUUUACAGUGCCUUCAGAAAGUAUUUACAACAUUUCCCUAAUUUUGUUCAAGUAAAAUUCUAUUUCUCACAUGCUUUGAAGACAACGGGUGUAGACUAACAGUGAAAUGCUUACUUACGGAUCCAUUUCCAACAAUGCAGAGUUAAAGAUAAGAUAGAAAAUGUAAUAAAAAAAUGAAAUAUUAACAUAAGAAAUAAAUACACAUUGAAUAAGGAGUAAAAAUUACAUGGAUAUAUUAGCAAGUAGAAAAUAACAUAACUUUAUAAAGGGAGUACCAAUACCGAGUCGAUGUGCAGGGAUACGAGGUAAUUGAGGUAGCUAUGUACUAUACAUAUAGGUAGGGGUAAAGUGACUAGGCAACAGGAUAGAUAGACAGUAGCAGCAGCGUGUGUUGUCUUACAGCCUGAAUUUUAAAAUUGGAUUCAAUUGAGAUUUUUGGUCACUGGCCUACACACAAUAACCCAUAAUGUCAAAGUGGAAUUGUUAGAAAUUUUUACAAAUUAAUUAUAAAUGAAAAGCUGAAACGUCUUGAGCAUUGGUGGAAAAAGUACCCAAUUGUCAUACUUGAGUAAAAGUAAAGAUACCUCAAUAGAAAAUGACUCAAGUAGAAAUGAAUGUCACCCAUUUAAAAUACUACUUCGGUAAAAGUCUAAAAGCAUUUGGUUUUAAAUAUAGUUAAGUAUCAAAAGUAAAUGUAAUUGGAAAACGUAUACUUAAGAAUCAAAAGAAAGUAUAAAUACAUUUCAAAUAGCUUAUAUUAAGCAAGCCAUACUGCACAAUUUUCUUGUUUUUUAAAAUGUUUUUAUGGAUAGCCAGGGGCACACUCCAACACUCAGACAUAAUUUACAAACCAAGCAUUUGUGUUUAGUGUGUCCACCAGAUGAGAGGCAGUAGGGAUGACCAGGGAUGUUAUGUUGACAAGUGUGUGAAUUUGACAAUUUUCCUGUUCAGCAAAGCAUUCAAAAUGUAAUGUGUAAUUUUGGGUGUCAGGGAAAAUGCAUGGAGUAAAAAGUACAUUAUUGUCUUUAGGAAUGUAGUGAAGUAAAAUUUACGAGAAAUAUAAUUUGUAAAGUACAGAUACCCCCAAAAACUACUUAAGUAGUACUUUAAAGUAUUUUUACUUAAGUACUUUACACCACUGAUAAUGAGUCAAUAAGUAUUCAAUCCUUUUGUUAUAGCAAGCCUGAAUAAGUUCAGGAGUAAAAUUGUGUUUAACAAGUCACAUAAGUUGCAUGGACUCACUCUGUGUGCAAUAAUAGUUAACAUAAUUUUUUUUAAUGACUACCUCAUCUCUGUAACCCACACGUAAAAAUAUUUUGUAAGGUUCGACAGUUGAGCAGUGAAUUUCAAACACAGAUUCAAGCACGAAGACCAGGGAGGUUUUCCAAUGCCUUGCAAAAAAUGGCACUGAUUGAGCAUGGUGAAGUUAUUCAAUACACUUUGGAUGUUGGAUCAAUACACCCAAUCACUAAAAAGAUACAGGCGUCCUUCCUAACUCAGUUGCCAAACCGCUCAGGGAUUUCACCAUGAGAUCAAUAAUGACUUUAAAACAGAGUUGAAUGGCUAUGAUAGGAGAAAACAUUGUAGUUACGCCACAAUACUAACUAAUUGACAGAGUGAAAAGAAGGAAGCCUGUACAGAAUUUAAAACAUGCAUCCUGUUUGCAACAAGGCACUAAAGUAAUACUGCAAAAAAUGUGGCAAAGCAAUUAUGUUUGGGGCAAAUACAAUACAACACUUUACUGAGUACCACUCUUCAUAUUUUAAAGCAUGGUGGUGGCUGCAUCAUGUUAUUGGUAUGCUUGUAACCGCUAAGGGCUGGGGAGUUUUUCAGUAUAAAAAAAAUAAACUAAAUGGAGCUAAGCACAGGCAAAAUCCUUGGCUAAAUCUACACUGAAGCUGUUCACUAAGAAGACAGUCAAUGUUCCUGAGUGGCUGAGUUACAGUUUUGACUCAAAUCUGCUUGAAAAUCUAUGGUAAGACCUAAAAAGAAUAAUGGGCAGGUGUUGCACAAUCCAGGUGUGGAAAGCUCUUAGAGACUUACCCAGAAAGACUGACUGUAAUCGCUGCCAAAGGUGAUUCUAACAUGAAUUGAAUACUUAUCUAAUCAAGAUAUAUUUGUUUUGUUUUUUAUAAAUGUUUUACAAAUGUUAGAAUUUGUCUUCCACUUUGACAUUAGAGUAUUUUCUGUAAAUAUUUUGGGGAAAAAACAAUACAAUUAAAUCAAUUUUAAUCCCACGUUUCAACACUACAAAAUGUGGAAAAAGGCAAAGGGUGUGAAUACCUUUUUGAAGGCACUGUAUUUCUAUAUUGCAAUUAUGCUGCAUUUUACAGAACAUUUACUAACAUAAAAUGUAGGCUAAUCGGACAUGCACAAAUCUUGAGCAUAGCUGAUAUUGUUGGUGAUGGUAGAAAAUGAAGGGGUCAUGUAAUCUUAUGAAACUUCUACAGUGUAUUUGUGUGUUGGUCAUUUAAGUGGUUUUUGUUUUGUUUUUGUGUAUUUAGCUGAGGGAUGACAUCGCUGCCUAUUGGCGUGGUCCUCUGCCUAACAGGCUGGAUCACUCUCUACAAACUACUGUGUAAUAACAAUGAAAGCCGUGGCUUUGAGUGGAACUGUAGGCUGGUCACACUGCUCCAUGGCAUCCUGGCGGUCUGCAUAACAGCAUACAUAGGCUAUGUGGAAGGACCUUGGCCCUUCACGCAUCCAGGCACAAAGAACACCCCCCUUCAGAUCAGUGCUAUGGUCAUUAGCCUGGGCUACUUCAUCUUCGAUAUGGGCUGGUGUGUGUACUUCCGCACAGAGGGCCCGGUGAUGCUGGUCCACCACACGAUGAGCAUCCUGGGUAUCUUGUUGACCCUGAGCUUGGGGGAAUCGGGCAUCGAGUCCUGCGCCGUAAUCUUUGCUAGCGAGAUCACCAACCCCCUGCUGCAAACUCGCUGGUUCCUGAGACAGUUGGGUCGCUAUGAGAGCCUGACAGGGGAGGUGGUGGAUGUUCUGUUUGUGGUGCUAUUUGUGUUCAUGCGCAUAGUGGUUGGCGGGAGGAUGUUGUACUGCGAGCUCAUCUCCCCACGGCCCAGGUUAAUUAUAAAGUGUGGGGGAGUUGCCAUGUAUGUGCUGUCCUGGGUGUUCAUGGUGGAAAUUGGUCGUUUCGCCUACCGCAAGAGUCAAUCCAAAUACAGACGCUGGAGAGACCAACACAAAUUGGCAGCAGUUAACGGACAUGUCGGAAAGACCGACUGAAAGACUUCCUUAUCAUUAGAAGAUUAAUAAAAACAUCCAAUGUUUAUACUAAUAGACAACCUUAAUACAUUUAAUGGUUGUGUAAGCAUGGGGUUAAAGUCAACCCAUUCUUUAGGCCUAUAUGGUUAUAUGGGAAUAUGUUGGUAUUUAGCUAACACUUGUACAUUUAAAAAAAACAUUUUUAACAAGUGCAAGAGAAUGAAUGAUGCAAGAGCAUCUUCAAAAAUGUACAACUGUAGAAAAAACAAUUGAGAUAUACUUUGUCUUUUGAAACCAAAGGACCUAGUGCCAAUAUGAUGAACAGAUGUAUUUCACAACCUAUUUACAAUUAACUGUAACGUAAUAGUAUGUUCUUCUAACCUUGUAUCCAGCAAUAAGUUGACUAUUGGGAAAUAGGCACAUAACAUUCCCUAAUCCUCAUAGGUUCGGCAACACUUUUUCGAGGCAGUGAAAUUGAACCGAAACUGUUUCUUUCCUUUUGCAGUAUUUUGUUGUAUGCCGUAGUUUUUCUGCAGAAAUGCAACUUUUUAUAAAUAUUUUGCAAUGUUUUGAGUCAAAUUUUUCUAAUUUGAAUUGUAGUACAAUUUAUAAGCCAUUUAAAAACAUUCCAUUUGGUUUUUAGGAAGAGGUUUAUUAACGCUCGCUGAGAUUGCAGUGUUACAUGACACUGGCUUUUAUAUAACAUACAACUCAGUAAAAAGCUACAUGUUUCUUGUGAUAACUGUCUUUCCAUUUAGCUACAUUAUGGGUUUUUCAUUCAAGCGAACAGCAACAAAUUCGUAACACGUGGAACAAAGUAAUUGUGUAACAUACUGUAAUAGUAUGUUUUUGUGGCAUUCCAUUGCUUGAUUGGGUGUAUAUUAGUUUAAAAUAACAAUUGUUGUGUGCAUGGUAUUGCUUAAAAUGUUCCAGUGUGAUGCUAAGUCACAUUUCCCAAUAUUGUAUGCAUUCAUAUUUGAAAUUCACUACAUUUCGAUGAAAUAUUUCAAUCUGGUGCCUCAAUAGUUAGACAAUGUGGAAUUUGUUUGUCAACAUUCACCACCCCUGUGUCUUAGUUAAAAAAUACCAAUGGGUAAACAAUAAUUUGUGCUAAAUGUUUGUGCACUGUAUUGCUUAAAAUGUUCCAGUAUGAUGCUAGGUCACAUUUCCCACUAUUGUAUGCUUUCAUAUUUGAAAUUCACUACUUUUAUAUGAAAUAUUUAAAUAUGGUGCCUAAAUAGUUAGAUACCAUUCCACAUACUGUAUGUCAACAUUCACUGUGUCUGUGAUAAAGGAGAAUAAAUAUGUGUGCCUUUGUGACUUUG